ACAGAGAACGUGUUGUUUCAUUAAUGUAUAAUUGAAGAGAGGGCAUGAAGCUCAUUCCAUUCAAACAAGCAGGAGAAACAACAACCAAACAGGUAGUGGAUAGCCUGGGGAGGAUGACCGUGCACGGUCGCACGCGUAGCACCAGCUCUGGCUCAGGGGAGAGUGAGGAGGAGAGAAGAGAGGAGGAUAGGAAGAAGGACGUUGUAGACUAUAAUCAACUACAAAAUACAGAACAGCUUCCCGGGGAGUUCUUAGUUAAGUAUCUUGGAAAGAAGGACGCUAGAGGACUCUGGGGGAUCAAACAUACUCGUAAACCAGUAGAUGAUAUGGUCUCCCUUGCUAGGGGCCUACAGGCUGGUACUCCUCUACCCUACCUCAAGCUAACAGUGUCAGAUAAGGGGGUCAACAUCUCACCUCAUUCUAGGAACUUGAACACUGAAUAUGAGUGUGGAUUAUAUCCUAUUGAUACAAUCAGCUAUGGAGUACAGGAUCUAGUCUAUACAAGGGUAUUUGCUAUGAUCGUUGUAAAGGAUACACCGGAAAUACGGGAAGGUGGUGUAAGACGACAUCCUUUUGAAUGCCACGCUUUUGUGUGUGAGUCACGGCAAAGCGCUAGGAAAUUAACUUUUGCUUUAGCAAGCGCAUUCCAAGUUUUUUCUAAGAGUAUAAAAAGCUCCCAGAAAAGACGAGGAAACAGCUUUGCGAUUGAUCUACGAAGUCCUGAAGAACUUCAGAAGGAAUUCAAGACUCAAGAUUCUGAAGCUUAAUAUUGAUUUAUCGAAAAUAUUGAAUAUUUGAUUAUUGUAUAACAUUUUUUGAGAAUU